GCGGGGCUUCGGCCGGCUGAGCCGCCGCUGCCUGCGGUCUAGGGGACCUGAGACGCGGGGCCGGGAGCCGCGAGGAUCCCUGAAGGCGGCAGCCGGGUGGGCGGGCGUGUCCGGAGCGGUCGCGCGGGCGUCGGCCUCCGCCCCUCGUCUCCGCACUUCCAGAUCCCCUCCCUCUCCGCCGGGACGCCCGAGAGCCCGGCGCGCGGCGGGGGCGCGAGGUGGAGCCGGCGGGGGCGGCCAAUGCGAAACUGGCUGGUGCUGCUGUGCCCGUGUGUGCUCGGGGCCGCGCUGCACCUCUGGCUGCGGCUGCGCUCCCCGCCGCCCGCCCGCGCCUCCGGGGCCGGCCCCGCAGAUCAAUCAGCUUUAUUACCUCAGUGGACAUCUAGUCACUAUGAUGUGGUAGUUGGAGUGUUAUCUGCUCGCAAUAACCAUGAACUUCGAAAUGUGAUAAGAAGCACCUGGCUGAAGCAUGUGCUGCAGCAUCCAACAUUAAGUCAACGUGUGCUUGUGAAGUUCAUAAUAGGUGCUCGUGGCUGUGAAGUGCCUGUGGAAGACAGGGAGGAUCCUUACUCCUGUAAACUGCUCAACAUCAGCAAUCCAGUUUUGAAUCAGGAAAUCGAGGCUUUCAGUCUUUCUGAAGACACCUCGCCAGGACUCCCCGAGGACCGCGUUGUCAGCGUAAGCUUCCGAGUUCUCUACCCCAUCGUGAUUACGAGUCUAGGAGUGUUCUACGACGCCGGUGAUGGGGGCUUCCAGAGGAACAUCACCGUCAAACUUUACCAGGCGGAACUGGAGGAGGCCCUCUUCGUUGCUCGCUUUAGUCCUCCGAGCUGUGGCGUGCAGGUGAACAAGCUGUGGUACAAGCCUGUGGAGCAGUUCAUCUUACCAGAGAGCUUUGAAGGUACCAUAGUGUGGGAGAGCCAAGACCUCCACGGGCUGGUGUCAGGAAAUCUUCACAAAGUGACGGUGAAUGAUGGAGGGGGAGUUCUCAGAGUCAUUACGGCAGGGGAGGGCGCACUGCCUCGUGAAUUCAUGGAAGGUGUGGAGGGAGUUGCAGGAGGUUUUAUUUAUACCAUCCAGGAAGGGGACGCGCUCCUACGCAGCCUUCAUUCCCGCCCUCGGAGACUUACUGAUCACAUAAGAGAUCUCCACGAGGAAGAUGCCUUACUGAAGGAGGAGAGCAGCAUCUAUGAUGAUAUUGUUUUUGUGGAUGUGGUCGACACUUACCGAAAUGUUCCCGCAAAAUUAUUGAACUUCUAUAGCUGGACUGUGGGAACAACCAGCUUUGAUUUGUUGCUGAAGACAGAUGAUGACUGUUACAUAGACUUAGAGGCUGUAUUUAAUAGAAUCACCCAAAAGAAUCUGGAUGGGCCGAAUUUUUGGUGGGGAAAUUUCAGAUUGAAUUGGGCCGUUGACCGAACCGGGAAGUGGCAGGAGUUGGAGUACCCCAGCCCUGCUUACCCUGCCUUUGCGUGUGGGUCGGGCUAUGUGAUCUCCAGGGCUAUAGUUGGCUGGCUGGCGAGCAACGCGGGGAGAUUAAAGACCUAUCAGGGUGAAGAUGUAAGCAUGGGCAUUUGGAUGGCUGCCAUAGGACCCAGAAGAUACCAGGACAGCCUGUGGCUGUGUGAGAAGACCUGUGAGACAGGGAUGUUGUCUUCCCCUCAGUACUCACCGCAAGAACUAACAGAACUGUGGAGACGGAAGGAGUUGUGCGGCGACCCCUGUCAGUGUGAAGCCACGUAACCGUGACUGGAAGUGGCAGUGCGGGAAGUGUGGACAGCUGAAGUUCUGACACAGGAACUUUGAGAAGACGUGACAGCAGUCCUUUCACCUUUUGAACUGUCAUGGAGUCUGUCAAGGAAAAGAAAAAUCCCAUCAGUUCUCUCAAAAGGACAGGUACCUGUAAAACUAGCUCAGUGCCGAGAGCAGGCCUGGAGGGACAGCUGUGUCUGCAGUUUCCUGCUACCCACAUAAAGGGCAGAGACGCGAGUUGGCUGACACUGUGGGAACUGACCCAAGUGCCCUUUGACGACACGCUUUCACUCCAUUUUAGUACUGUUUGCUGUUUCUUCAUUAAUCUGAAUAAACCAGAAAUAGUCAUCCCUGCACAGAACAAUCAGUGGCAUGAAAUCAUUACAUUUUCUCUUUAAACCUUUGUGAUUCCUUCCUUACCAAUUAUUGAAAGAACUCUGGAGGGGGCGUAGGUGCCUUAGCUUCCUCCUUGUAAAAUGAACAUGUAGACCCCACGUAGCAUUGCAUUCGUAACUACACAGUGUGUGACUGUGUUAAAUACACACCCAAGUGACCGCCAGGCACGGGAGUGGGGCUGAACAGUAAAUGCUUUGGUUUGUUCAGAAAACACUAAGAACUUCUUUCCAAAGAGGGUUGUGGUAAAUAUUGGAUAUUUUCCUUAUGAGAAAUAUAGUUUCUUUGAAGCUUUAGCUGGAGGUACGGCAAUAGUGUGGUGUUCCUACAAAUAUCACAGUGUAUUCAAACAAAUAUUUUUCUAUCAAAUCAUUUUUUUAAAAGCUGUGUGUUUUUAUGCAACUUGUGAUAAUAAAUGUUAUUUUAGAAUAAAAACCUGGUCUUUUCUUUAUGGA